ACAAACAAGCAAACACCAACCCGGAAGUGUCCGAAUAAACACGACUGUCAAGAGGCAGAACGAUCAUCUCAUCUGUGAACAUGGGCCUCCAUUUUGGAAAUCUGUGCAAGGUCAGGCAUGUAGUCACAUUCAGUUUGUCCCCCUUUGAGCAGAAGGCUUUCCCCAACUUUUUCACCGAAGCAUGCCCAAAUACGUGGAGAAGGUUCAGGGGUUCGUUCAUAAGAAUCGCUCCUCAUGUGGCUUUAUUUUUUUUGAUCUACAACUGGGGCAACUCCGUCAACAAACAGAGCAAAAGGAAGAACCCUGCUGACUACGAAAACGAUGAAUAAACAUCCACCACCUCUCCAGAAGCUCCUGUCUUUUCCAACUCUGUCUAACCAAUAAAGAUGAAGCAAAAGAAAAAAAAAAGUGAAA